AUGGGUGCAUUGGGUCCUAUCUCAGACUGGAUAGAAAGAGGUAGUUUUGGUGACUGGUCACCUUCACAUCCAUCCGAUGCUCAGAGAGAAUCUAUGCUCUUUCUGGCUGCCGCAUUCGUCUUUAUUCUACUAUUGUGGCAAGGAAAAUUCACUACUCCUGCACCCUUCUUCAAGAGGAUACCUGACGAGGGAAAGGUCAAAAAGACGAAAAGGAAGAUAACAGAUGGGAGAAUAGAUUCUUUGAUCAUCGGUUUGAAAUGGUAUACUAUCUCAAUACCAUUAUUGGUGCCGUUCAAAUUGUUAACUGUUCUGUACCAUGAGCUUGGCCAUGCAGUAGUUGGAAUGUUAUCGAUAUGGUGGAAAGAAAUGAAAUACGGUAUGAAUGGUGAACGGGGAAGAAUAGAGUAUAUCAUGGUUGAUAGAUAUGAAGGUGGAUUGACUCAAUUUGGAGGAGGUACUGAACCCAAUUACAAACUUACUUUACCAGCUGGGUACCGGGCAAGCUGUUUGAUAGGAUGCUGGUUCUUGUUCACCGGAUUCGAUGCGAAAUGGUCGAAGUUUGGCGCUAUCACUUUAUUCCUCCUAACUUCCUUCGCUACAUUGGUAUGUUUCCUUGUGAGAGCCAAAUCUGGCAUACUACAAAAUUGGCAUCGUAUUGGAGCUAUAAUGUACAAAUGGAUUUUCUGCAAUAAAGAAAUGGCUAAAAGGAAAAUGCGAAAACAUCAAUUGAAACGAGAAGAGAGAAAUGAGACUGCAAGAUAUAAACAUGAUAGUGAAGGGGCUCCCACAGAAAAAGAUUUACACGCUUCUCAAGACAUUAUAAUGGGAUGUUCGUUGUUGGUGGGAGUGAUCCUAUUUCUAGCUUGGAAUUGGGAUGAUUCAAUCUAUCUUCGCUUCGUCAUGCUCUUCAUGGGUCUUCUGAGUGCCCUUUACGCCGUUUGGGAUAUCGUAUUGGACGGUUUAAGAUAUGCCAAAGUGGCUAAAUCAGAUGUUACGUAUAUGGCAGACGAGCAUAAUAAAAGGGCUGACAAAUACAACGAGAAAUUCCCGGAAGGAAGGCGAAAACAUCAUCGUAGUACACGUUUUUACGCUUUGAUUUGGCUUCUAAGGAAGACGAGUAUGAUCAUCCUCGUUAUCGUCAUAGCGUACUUCGUCUUCCAUCUGAAGAAAUCCGAACAGGCAAUCGAAUCAAGAGAAUUUUUACCUGCUCAAUUUCAUUAUGGUCCAGCUGAUUUGGAACAAGAUGCUAAAAUCGCCGGAGGGAGAAUACAAGGUACAGUCAAAGAUUGGAUGGGUGUAGAACAGAAUGGUCAAGAGAGAAGAGUAUUUAGGGAGGUUUGA